UUGUUUAUUUUUUAUUCAUGUUAGUUAAUACAUUAACUAACAUUAACUAAUGGAACCUUAUUGUAAAGGGUUACCGGGUUUACUUACAGUCUCUGGCGAACUCCUUCCAGCUUAAUGCUCUUCAAGAGGUUUUGUGACGUGUCUGGCCGAUGCCUUACAGAAGCUUCUGGAAAAGUUCCCAUCAAUAAUGUGCCACGUCACUGAAGCAGAAACACACACACAUUCACCUCAUUCAUGCAUACUGAGAAACACAUUAUGUGCCAAAUGUUUGUUAAAGAAUGAAAUACUUAAAAAAUGUUAAAAUUAAACAAUGUUACUUUGCUGUGAUAACGAGUGAUAAAUCUGUUUGGUGAAUGUUCUUUUGUAUUCCACAGAAGAAAGUUGCUAAAAGAUUUGAACAAAAGCAUCUUCCUUCUUAUUCUUUCUUCCUUUCUUUCUCUUUUUCUGUUCAUACCAAUGAACUCGAUCACCAGAGCAUGAGGCAAACCACAUUAAGCGCUGAGUGCUGUCCAAACGCGUUACAGCACAAGGAUUGAAUCAACCAUCAUUAGAAGGGGUUUUCCAGCCCAAAGUGAAUCCAACAGCUCAAUCUCAAUGACCCAAGAACCAUCAGGCAAUGGAACCUUCUGGAACUCCAACUGUAAAACAAUCCCAUCACAUUCCUCAUAGGCCUCGCUCUUAAAGAUGAUAGAUGAACUCUUUGAAAGACGACGUUAUCUUUAAAAAAGAUAAAGCUGGCUGGUUUACUUUAGUGGCUGACUCGGGUAUAUCGUUGAGUACUGGCAUGUUGACCUCAGUGAAUUCUGGUGAAGCACAAGACAUGCUGACGGAGAGAGAAUCCAACUGGCUUCUUUGGGGAGAAUGUCUCAAUCCGCCUGUGGUCUCGGUGAGUGUCGUGGCCCACCUGUGGGCCCGCUCCUCGGAGGCGAGUUGGUCCUCGCAGGAGAGUGUCUCGACCUGCCUCUGGCCCCGCUCCUCGGAGGAGAGUCGGUUCUCAGAGGAGAGUGUCGUGACACGCCUGUGGCCCCGCUCCUCGGAGGCGAGUCAUUCCUCGCAGGAGAGUGUCUCGACCCGCCUGUGGCCCUGCUCCUCGGAGGCGAGUUGGUCCUCGCAGGAGAGUGUCUCGACCUGCCUCUGGCCCCGCUCCUCGCCCGCCUGUGACCCCGCUCCUCGGAGGCAGUCGGUUCUCAGAGGAGAGUGUCGUGACCCGCCUGUGGCCCCGCUCCUCGGAGGCGAGUCAGUCCUCGCAGGAGAGUGUCUCGACCUGUCUGUGGCCCCGCUCCUCGGAGGCGAGUCAGUCCUCGCAGGAGAGUGUCUCGACCUGCCUCUGGCCCCGCUCCUCGGAGGAGAGUCGGUUCUCAGAGGAGAGUGUCGUGACCCGCCUGUGGCCCCGCUCCUCGGAGGCGAGUCAUUCCUCGCAGGAGAGUGUCUCGACCCGCCUGUGGCCCUGCUCCUCGGAGGCGAGUUGGUCCUCGCAGGAGAGUGUCUCGACCUGCCUCUGGCCCCGCUCCUCGGAGGAGAGUCGGUUCUCAGAGGAGAGUGUCGUGACCCGCCUGUGGCCCCGCUCCUCGGAGGCGAGUCGUCGGUUCUCAGAGGAGAGUGUCGGGACCCGCCUGUGGCCCCGCUCCUCGGAGGCGAGUUGGUCCUCGCAGGAGAGUGUCUCGACCUGCCUCUGGCCCCGCUCCUCGGAGGAGAGUCGGUUCUCAGAGGAGAGUGUCGUGACCCGCCUGUGGCCCCGCUCCUCGGAGGCGAGUCGUCCUCGCAGGAGAGUGUCUCGACCCGUCUGUGGCCCUGCUCCUCGGAGGCGAGUCAGUCCUCGCAGGAGAGUGUCUCGACCCGUCUGUGGCCCUGCUCCUCGGAGGCGAGUCAGUCCUCGCAGGAGAGUGUCUCGACCCGUCUGUGGCCCUGCUCCUCGGAGGCGAGUCAGUCCUCGCAGGAGAGUGUCUCGACCCGUCUGUGGCCCUGCUCCUCGGAGGCGAGUCAGUCCUCGCAGGAGAGUGUAUUUACCUGUAUACCAGACCUGUUACCUGUGUCCUUCUCCACCGCAACGCCCGCCCGAAAUGAGAGUGCACAAGCUGCUUCAAGGGAGAGGGAGGACGGACUUAGAGAGGGAUGGAGAGAGGGAAACAGACAGAGACAGAGAGAUACAGAGAGAGACCAUGGCCUCAUCACAACAGAUGUGAAACUCCUGCUGGCACCACAUUAA